AUGAGGCUGGACUUGCUGAUAACCAUUUCCGGGGGUGAGACUGGUUCCCCUGUAUUUCAAGGAACUCCUCGUGAUAAGGAGCUUCCUAGAACUGAGCACAGUGAUCACUGGCUCCUCAACGCUGGCUGUGAUGGUGAGAGUAUUGGAAAUUGCCCAUUUUCUCAGUGUCUCUUUAUGAUUCUCUGGCUAAAGGGUGUUCUAUUUAAUGUGACAACAGUGGACUUGAAAAGGAAGCCUGUGGACCUGCAGAACUUGGCUCCCAGCACCAACCCACCUUUCAUGACUUUUUUGACAAUGAGGUCGACAGAUGUGAAUAAGAUCGAGGAGUUCUUAGAGGAGAAACUGGCUCCUGCAAGGUACCCUAAGCUGGGGACCCAACACCCUGAAUCUAACUCUGCUGGAAAUGACGUGUUUGCCAAGUUCUCAGCACUUACAAAAAACACCAAGAAGGAUGCAAACGAGAUUUAUGAAAGGAACCUAUUGAAGGCCCUGAAGAAGCUGGAUAGUUAUCUGAGCAGCCCCCUGCCUGGUGAGAUAGAUGCCUACAGCUCCGAGGAAGCUGCUAUUUCUGGAAGGAAGUUCCUGGAUGGCGAUGAGCUCACGCUGGCUGACUGCAACCUCUUACCCAAGCUCCACGUUAUUAAGAAACAUUCCAGAUUCGGAACUCAUCGUCCGGCCUGGGGCAGCGAUGCUGUGUCACAUGGAGCGGCUCUUGUCGGGGUCCUGGAGCCCAGCAAGGGCUCCUCCUUAGCCCACAUCGUGUCACUGUCGGUCACGUGA